AUUUGUCCUUUCCCUGAGCAGCCCUGCGUUGCAUUCCUGAUUGCUUACAUCUACUCCUGUGUGGACUUUCUGCAUCUUUCCCUCAGCAGGAAAGUUAUCGAACAUUACGGAUUAAUAGAGACGCUGAAGGAAUAGUGGUCGAGAUGUUGGUCACCAUGCUUACAGCCAUGUACGUGAUGGUCCGAGUCGUAGAAUCGAUAGGGGUGCGGUUUGCACGUCAACAGGACCCUUUGCCUUACAUGGUGUCCCAGCCUUUGCCUUGGCAGGUUCACUCAGUGUCACACAGUCGGAGGAGCAGCAAAGCAGAUGAGUUUGAUGGCCUCAGGAGGAACAGCAUAGGUGUUUACAGGAAGAACUUUGUCUCCACGGCUAUUGCCUCAGCCUCUCUGGCUAUCCCUUGUGUCCUGUCGUGCUCAGACUCCAAUGCCAGCAAUGGGACAUGCACCAUGCCCGCUGUUCCUCCACUAAGCCCUGUUGAAGUUGAGAAGGCUGCCGCCACUAUCCAGACCCAUUUUAGGAAGUUUCAACAGAAGAAACACAAGAACGGCAAGUAGCUGGACAAAUAGGGGUGGUGAAACCGGUUCUGCAAGCUAGCAGCAGGUGGAACGUACGUGGAUUCACUAAAGAUGGAUGAACUUUGUGAUGACAUACACAAGUGCACAUAUGCACUCAAGUACAUACAAUGUACAUUGUACAUACAUUCAAACUGCAUGAUAAAUACUCCUGGAUUAGUGACACAAUAUAAACAAUAAUAUACAGCUUAGCUUACAUUUCAAACAGCUUGUAAUAAUAAUAUCUAAAAUUCUAUGUGAAUGAUACACAUUAUAAUAACUAUACAUCUGAAUGAAUGAUAGUUUUGAUGUGUUGUGGUGACAGAGUGACUGUGAGAGUGUGUGUCUGUGAGUAUGAUGUAAAUAUGUAUAACCAGUGUUUGGAGUGUAUGAAUAUGAAAAAAUAAAUACAUAUAAUCAAAUAAUUUGUCAACAUUGUGGAUUUUUCAAAAGAAAACAUGUUUAAA